AGGAAUCUCUUCGUAAUGUUAAGGAUAAAAAUGCCGCAAAUUUCGGAUAUCCCGUCAUCAAGUCACCCGUAAAGCAUAUGCAUUCAGCAUGGAAUCUGAAUACCCUGCCGGCACAGAAUCCAGUUCCGCACUUGUCCCACAUCAGUAUACCUGCGCAUAUGAUACCCACGGUGGGUGGUAUCCAGACAUCAGUGGGGGGAAGCCAAGUGGUGGGUAGUGGUGGUGUUAGUGUAGUGGCAGGAAAUUCAAGUAGUAGUGGUGCUAGUGGGGGAAGUGGAAAUAAUGGGAAUAGUGAUCCGAGUCAGGAGGACAAACGCCGUCGGAUGGAGCACGAACGACUCGUGGCUGCUGCAGCGGAUCGGGAUAGUAGGGAGCGAGAACGGGAGAACGUGAAAAGGAACUCGACCGUCUGCGGCAGCAAGAGCAACAGAGAGCAUACUACAUGCAAACUGGGGUUCAACGAGCACCAACGAAAAGUGCAAGUGACUACCAUCGUGGAAUUUCAAUUGUACCACCGCCGUCAAAAACAAGACGAGAAGAUGAGAAACCCAGUCCAAUGAAGGAUCUCAAUACACAUCAACCCUAUACAUUGUAUAGUGGUUUUUCCGGAUACCCUCCGGGUGCAUUUCAAAAGGACAUCAAGGUAAAUUCAUUUUUUGCCUUUAUUUACUUUUUCUUUUCAAUAUUACUAAAGUCAUGUUAGGUGCUACAUGAUUCUAUCUAGAGUGACAUUAGUCUAAAUCCAAUUUAAAUGAUUAAUACCAU